UGUCAGUCAGCAGCGCAGCCCAGGAAAAAUCCACUUUCUUUCCCAGGCCAACAACGACACCACAACAUCAUCACCAACUUUCUUCUUCCCACCAUCACAUCUCUUCCUCACUUCACGCAUACCGACAAACAGCCAAUAUGCCUAAGAACAAGGGAAAGGGUGGAAAGAACCGCAGACGUGGUACCAAGGAGAACGAUGACCAGCGCCGAGAGCUCACCUUCAAGGAGGAUGGCCAAGAGUAUGCUCAGGUCGUGAAGAUGCUUGGCAACGGUCGUCUCGAGGCUCUGUGCUUCGAUGGAAGCAAGCGUCUCGCCAACAUUCGCGGUAAAAUGCGAAAGAAGGUCUGGAUUAACCAGGGUGAUAUUAUCCUCCUCUCUCUCCGUGACUUCCAGGACAACAAGGGCGACGUCAUCCUCAAGUACACCGCCGACGAAGCCCGUACCCUCAAGUCUUACGGCGAGCUCCCUGAGAACGCCAAGAUCAACGAAACCGACUCUUUUGGCCAGGGAGAGGAUGGCGAGGCCUACUUCGAGUUCGGCGACGCUGAUUCAGACGAUGAGUCUGACGAUGGCGCCGCUGGCAACAAGAAGGAGGUCGACAUUGACGACAUUUAAGCUCGCCAAAGCCCUCAAAAUCCCCUUCUCUCUCUCUCCACCGAGCCCCCGACGCUACCGGGUGAUACGAUUGUAUUUCGCGGCUGGUGUUGUUGAUAUUGUCUUCUCUCUCAAACCCGGAGCCGAGCACCCAAAGCUCUGUGCGUCGGGUCCCACGACAGUAGUUGCUGUGGAGUCGUAGACGGCCGUGGUGGGAGGGACGUCACGGCAUGUCGUUCUCUUUUGGACUUUCAGUAUCACGAUCGAGUUUUCUGUCUUGUUCCGUUUUUAGGUAGUUUUUACUGGACGAACAUGUUUUUUUCUUAACGCUUUAUGAUCAUCACAUUCGUCUCAAAAGCACAGGUUAGACAAGACAAGAAAAUGCUUACUAUUGUUUCAUAAA